AUGUCGCGACCGAGAGUGCACUCAGGUGACCCUCUCCCGCAUCGGGAGGUGGGAGAAGGUGUUCAUCAGGAUAAGACGCUAUUCUGUGCAGGUGAGUGGGAGGAGCAGGCCGUUGUCCUUGGAGCCUUCAAGACCAUGGGGAUUCAGCACUCCUCUCCAGGCAGCAUGGUCUGUGCUGACGCGGACGUUGAAGUCACUGAUGACAAUCAACCUAUCCGCCUUCCGCACAGACGCCAGGAGGGCGUGCACAUCCUCGUAGAAUUUGUUCCUCGUCCCGUCGAGGCUGGUCACCGGGGGGGGAGCGUAGACACUGAUGAUGGGGGCGAAUUUGCCUCCCUAAAGAGGCGGGCGGAGAUUCAUCAGGUUAUCAUUGAUACCCUGCGGCAGACAGGACAGUCGCCUCACGAUGUCAUUCGGAUGGCAAAGGUGAUGUCCGCAUCCCCUCGCUCUGCCCUGGAGCGGCCGCUCCAAAAGAAGGUGUAG